AUGGCCCGUAAGCGCAAGAGCGUAGCUAGUAGUGCCGAGCUGUGCCCGCGGGAUCUCAACGAGAUCCCGUACAUCGCUUGGAUGAACAAGCAGAUUGAUGCCGGCCGUAAGCCCGCCGGCCCUUUGCCCGAUGGUGCGCCGGGUGCGGGGGACACCUUGUUCAAAGCCCCGCGCGAUGUCCCUACCCGUGGGCGCCGUGAUGCCGACCGGGUUGCAUCAUCCCGCGUCGUUGAAGACGACGCAUUCGAUGACGAUGCCGAGGACUCUGAGUACAACGACUGCGACGACGAUGCGGACUCUAGCGAAGAGGAGGACAAGGGCAUGCCCCCCUCCGGAGAUGAAGACGAUGCCGAUGAGGACGCCGACGACGACGAGGACGUGCCCGACGAGGCCCAGCCUGCGACCCCGUCUCCCCGUCGCUCCCAUGCUACUGCCGCGGCCGGAACCAAUACUGCCGCGAAGGGCGGGGAACCUCCGCGUGCCGCUGCCAAGAACCGCAACCUGCACCCUGUCAAGCGGAGCGAGAAUCCCGGGUGGGUGCGCGGCGUGAAUGCGCUGCAGAAGCAGUGGCGCAACCUCGUCAACAUGUACAAGCAAAUUAGUAAGGGGGAGCGGGCGAGCGGCAAGGGGGCGGUGUGCAAGCCCCCGUGGUACCCGUACAUGGAGCUCUACCAGAACAACGAGGCGGUCGGCAACCCGCACGCCGUCGACGGUGGUGGCGCGGCACACGUCAACGUGCCCUCCACCUCCGCAGGGUACGCCCACCUCCAAGCGCCCACGGGUGGCAGAGACGGCAACGAUGGCCGCCGCCAAGCUGGUGUGUGA